AUGAAGUGCGGCAUUGGGGGGCCUCAGCUGAGAGUAUUCGGAAGGGCCGUAUAUGCCUUAGCUCGAAUCAGUGAUGAAUUCUGGUUUGAUCCUAUUGAAAAAGGACUGUUCCUAAGGUCAGUAAAUUCUUCUCGAUCAGCAUAUGCCUGUAUCUUCUUUUCAUCUAUGUUCUUUCAACACUAUUCCUGGAGAAAUUCACCUGAACUGUGUCUAAAUGAAAACAGUGUACGACUCAAGUGUAAAUUAACAAUAAAGGCAGUCCUACCUGUAUUUAGGUACUCAAAUAGUCUGGAAAAGAAUGUAAAUAAAUGCAACAUUUACACAAACUUUAAAGAAUGCCAUAUUGUCUUUCAACUUUUCUGCAAACAUGGCAUUGUUAAAACUCAUAACUUAUCUUUUCAAGAAUGUGAACCUUUGCAGGCUGUGUUCGCCAAGCAUCUGUGUCCCAAUGUACUGAAGAUACAUUCAAGGCAGUUGUCUGACAUAUUGAUUCAUUUUCCAACUUAUCAAGACGAAGUAACUUUAUCUGUAACACCACUGAAAGCUUGUUUCAAGACUUAUGUUGAGGAUGAAAUGGAUUUUGCAAAAGAAAUGCGUACUAAGAUACACCUUGAGCCAGAAGAAUUUGAGUAUUUUCAAGUUGGAGUAGACUCUGAAGUCACAUUUUGCCUUAAAGAGCUAAAGGGACUGUUGGCUUUUGCAGACACCCUCAGCACUUCAAUCUCUGUACAUCUCGAUGUUUCUGGAAAGCCAGUUGCUUUCAUCAUUGAGGACAUGAUGGUCGAAGCUAGUUUUGUUUUAGCUACUUUGGCAGAUAUUGAAAACAAAGAAUCCUCUCAUCAUUCUCCACAUCUUUCACAAGAGCAGAAAAGGUAA